CAAAAAAAAAAAAAAAUAAAAAUAAAAAAACACGAAAAAAAAAUUUGUUAAAAAAUAAUUUUUUUUUUUUCUUCACUUUUCUCUUCUUUUCUUUAACUCCAUUCACACCAUCACCAAAAAGCAAAAACAAAAAACUCAAAGCUCUUUUUUCUUUUUUUUAUAUUCUAUUCUAAAUCCCAUUUCUCCAUCGUUAACAAUGUCUGAUUCCGCAGAGUCUUCUGAUUCCGAGGUCUAUAUUCCUCGUGACCCUGUUGUUCCGCUUCCCGUCACUGGCCCUCGUGAGCGUAAACAAGUCGAACGUUUCGCUGUGCCCGUCGUCGAGAAGCCUGAAAAGAAGCUCGAGAUUCCACAUGGCAAGGGUGUCAAGCUUGGCGAUAUUCCUGUGGUCAGCGCCAAUUUGGAUAAGCUAAAGGUCAGUGAUGAGACUGUCAAGGGCCUUCACCGUCUCCUUUUCGGCCGUGUCACUGCGACUAAGAGCCCAAAGAACGAUAUCAAGGCCUUCUACGGAUUUGCUGAUUUGAGUGAGAAAGAAGAAGAGGCUUAUGAAGAAAAGCUCGGCAAAUGGACUGUUGGUGGCCUUCGCGAGCUUAUCGAGUUGUUCAACUUGGAGACUGGCGGUGACAAGGAUGCUUUGUUGGAACGUAUCAUGGUCUUUUUGAAGAAGCCUGCUGAUUCUGGCCUUGUCCCUCGUGCUCAAAAACUCGCUUUGGAGGCCAAAGAGAAGAGAGCUCAAAAGCAAGCCGCCAAGAAGGCCAAACUUGCUGCCAAGGCCAAAAAGGCUGCUGAGCUCAAGGCCAAGAAAUCAGAGGCGAAGAAGGCCCUCUUAGCUAAGAAGAAGGACGCUCAAAAGACAAAGACCACGGUCACCACAAAGGCCGCUAAUGAGAACGCCAAGGUGGUCAUCCCCAAGAUCCGUUCCGCAUUCGACAUGUAUGUCAAGGAACAUCAGAAGGAGAUCAAGGAAAAGGUCGAACCCGAUGCUUCCCGUGCCGAUAUCUACAAAAAACUGGUCGACAAAUGGGAAGCUGUCCCUGCAGCCACUAGAAAAGAGUACGAGGCCAAGGCCGAAGCCGAGAACGCAAAGAACGCAGAGAAGAGAGCCAAGGCACUAGAGGCGAUCAAGUCUACAAAGGCAACCAAGACAGCAACAUCCAAGAAAGAAAACCCGAGAAGAAGGAAAAGGUUGAAAAGGAUGAAAAAGCUGAAAAGGCCGAAAAGGCUGCAAAGGAAAAGAAGGAGAAGGUUGCUUCAAAGACUGAUAAGGCCGAAAAGGCCGACAAGGCUGAUAAAGCCGAGAAGGCUAAGGCUCCUAAGGCUGAGAAGAAGGAGAAGACACCAAAGGAGAAGGCGGAGAAAGCUGACAAGGCUGAGAAGACCGAAAAGUCAGAGAAGGCUGAGAAGGCUGCUAAAAACUCCAAGGCUCCCAAGGCCGCCACUAGUGCUGAUGCCGAGAAGAAGACCAAAGCUUCUAAGGAGAAGAAGGUUGAAACGUCAGAAUCGGCAACAGCUACUGCUGAUGCACCCAAGGAGAAGAAGGAGAAGGUAACCAAAGAAAAGGCAGCUCCCGCUAAAGAGAAAGCUGCUACUAGUACUUCCGCCGCUGCCAAGGAAAAGAAGGAGAAGGCACCCAAGAAGGCUGCUGCUGCCACUGAAUCAUCAUCAUCUUCAGCAUCAUCAACAGC